UCAGUUCUAUACGUACAUAUAUACCCUUACCCAUUACCACCAUUUUCACCAUUACCAAGCAUUUCUUCCUCCACGAUUUCAACCCCACUUCUCAAAAUCCAAUCUUUAAGCCCUUUUCAUUUCUGGGUAUCUGAAAUUUAAUCAAAUGGCUGAAGAAACCAAGAAAAUGGCCGAAGAGACGACGCCAGAAGUAGUGGUUUCUGAUGUUACAGUGAUGGAAACACCUCAACCUGAACCGGAAAAAUUGCGGGAGUCACCGGAGAAACCUGCUGCUCCGGUCACCGGAGAAUCCAAGGUUGAGGGUGAUAAGGAUGAGAAGGACCUUGUCGCUGAAUCCACUUCCUUUAAGGAAGAAAGUAACAAGGUUGAAGAACUCCCUAAUCCUGAACAAAAAGCACUGGCUGAAUUCAAACAGUUGAUUCAAGAAGCCCUUAACACACACGAAUUCACUUCCCCUCCGCCUCCGCCGUCACCUCUGGCAGCCAAGGAGAAGGAGGAGGAGAAGAACGCAGCCCCUGCUGAGGCACCGGAGGCAGAGCCGUUUACAGAGGUAACCUCUGAGCCGGUGGCAGAGGCAGCACCGAAGACGGUGGAAGUUGAAUUGGUGAAAAAGGAGGAGAAAGUGACUCCACCGGAAACGAAAGUAACUCCUGUAACGGCGCCGGAGACACCAUCGGAGCCGGAGAAGGUGGAGGCAGCUGAAGAAAUCAAGGAAACAAUUGUCGAAGUACCCGCGGCUGUUGCUGUGGCGGCGGCCGAGGAAGAGCCACCAGCAACGGACGAAGCAGAGGAGCCAAAAACAGAGUGUACACCACCACCACCAGAAGAAGUAUCCAUAUGGGGAAUAUCCCUUUUAGCUGACGAGAGAAGUGACGUCAUCCUUCUCAAAUUUCUAAGAGCAAGAGAUUUCAAGGUGAAAGAAGCUUUUACCAUGCUGAAAAGUGUUGUUACAUGGAGAAAAGAAUUCAAAAUUGAUGAACUCUUGGAUGAGAAAGAAUUAGGUCAAGGACUUGAGAAAGUUGUGUACAAUCAUGGUUUGGACAAAGAAGGUCACCCUGUUUGUUACAAUGCAUUUGGUGAGUUCCAAAACAAGGAAUUGUAUCAAAACACUUUUGCUGAUAAGGAGAAGUUAACCAAAUUCCUCAGAUGGAGAAUUCAGUUCAUGGAAAAGUCAAUCAGGAAUCUUGAUUUUAGCCCUGAUGGUAUCUGCACUUUUGUUCAAGUCAUUGAUCUUAAGAAUUCUCCUGGUCUCUUCUUUUUCAAGAAAGAGCUUCGCCAGGCUACCAAUCGUGCCCUUCAAUUGCUUCAGGAUAAUUACCCUGAAUUUGUUGCCAAGCAGGUGUUCAUCAAUGUUCCAUGGUGGUACCCAGCUUACUACAGGAUGAUAAAUGCAAUUUUCACUACAAGGACAAAGAGCAAGUUUGUAUUUGCUGGUCCUUCAAGAUCUGCUGAGACUCUUUUCAAAUACAUAACCCCUGAGCAAGUACCAGUACAAUAUGGUGGACUUAGCAAGGAAGGUGAACAGGAAUUCACUAUUGCUGAACCUGCCACAGAGGACAUCAUUAAGCCAGCUUCUAAACACACCAUUGAAUUCCCAGUUACUGAGAAGUGCACUUUGGUUUGGGAAGCAAGAGUGACAGGGUGGGAUGUAUCUUAUGGAGCUGAAUUUGUACCAACUGCUGAAGGUGGAUACACAAUCAUUAUAGAGAAAUCAAGAAAAGUUGGGGCAAAUGAAAAAGUGAUAAGCAACACCUACAAGGCAGGAGAACCAGGAAAAGUGGUGAUCACAUUUGACAACCAAAGCUCUAAAAAGAAGAAGCUUGUUUACAGGUCCAAGAACAAGCCCUCAGAUUGAGAACUACAUGUUAUCUUUUUGGUUCUGUGGUUGAUAUUGAAUUUAAUUUUUGAGUUUUGGGAUAUUUAUUAAAUAUUUUGUUGGGGUUUCUUGAAAAUUAUGUUAGUGUUGGAUUGAUUGGAUUUUUAUUUUAUGGGAAAUAUUUCAUGGGAAUGGAAAAGGAUGGAGAGAACAUAUGUGUAAUGUAUUUGGAAUGUGGGACAGAACCUUUUUACUGAUUUAUUGAUACGUUUUCUUCUGAAAUAUUCUUGUAAA